AUGACAGCUUGAAAUCUCCGCCAUUUUUCUUUGCUGGCGAAGGGAUGGGACCCGACAAUUAUUGGAAUUUGGAAACCAAAUCAAUUUUGAUGCAUUUUCUCGACUGUUAUUGAAUUUGCUUUCCAAGGAUUCAAAUUCGCUUCCUUGUACGUUUUCUGCGAGCCAUUUCUCUUUCAAAAUCAUCAAUAUUCGGAGGAUAAAGUUCGCUUUCGCUUAGGUAAUUGGCCUUGUCCCCUGUGCAUUCCUCGUAAGUCUAAGGAUUCUAUUUCACCAAUGUUCAGUCGCAGGAGCAAUAGCUAUAGUUCAUCUGAUUUAGAGGAACUUCUAGAGAUUGGGACAAGAUGUCGGCAGCUAAAGAAAGAAAAGGACACACUAAUAGAUUCACGACCUCAAAGUUUUGAACUGAUAAGGCAGCUUGAACUACAUGUGAACUCCUUAUCGGAAGCACGUAAGGAAGACAAGCUGCGCAUUGAAAACUUGGAGAAGGAGUUAACAAACUGCACUCAGGAAAUAGAUUACCUGCAGGAUCAACUAUGUACAAGGAACACAGAAUUAACCUACCUUGUAGAUCACGUUGAAAGCCUUGAAUUUAAAUUAGUGCAUAUGGAGCAUUCGCAAGAAAAGGCUAGCAAGUUAGAGGAAGAGGUGAAACGUUCAAACUCAGAGUGUCUUUUCUUGAUGCAGAAACUAGAUGACAAGGAACAGGAGCUACGAGAAUCAAAUUCCAAUGUAGAAAAACUUGAGGAGUCCAUCUCAGCUAUUACAUUGGAGUCCCAAUGCGAAAUUGAGAGUAUGAAAUUAGAUAUGUUGGCCAUGGAGCAACGUUACAUAGAAACUAAGAAAUUCCAGGAAGAAGCUCUUAGUCAAAAUGAUAAAAUGGAUAGAUUGAUUGAGGAGCUUCAGAAUGCACAGAGAAAUGUCAAGUUUCUGGAGACAGAAAAUGAGGAACUUCAAAGAGAGCUGGAUGUGUCAACAAGAAAUGCCUCCACAUUUUGUCGAAGCGUUGAGGAAUUGAUUGAAAACAAGGAGAGAUCACAAAAUACUAUGAGGAAUGACCGAGAUGGCAAGUUAACAUCAAUACUUAAGAAUAGUUGUGGCGAUGUCUUAGGCCAUCUUCUUCCAAAAUUAGCAGUUGCACUAUUUGCAGAUGCCAAUUCAGAAGCCAAAAUGGAUGUGAUGAAAAAGCAGAUACUAGAUUAUGAACUUCUUGUGGAGCAACUCAAGGAGGAGUUAAGAGAGGAGAAGUUGAAAGCAAAAGAAGAAGCAGAGGACCUUGCUCAAGAAAUGGCCGAGCUAAGGUACCAAAUUACUGGUUUGCUUGAAGAAGAGUGCAAGCGUCGGGCUUGCAUUGAGCAAGCAUCUUUACAGAGAAUUGCCCAGUUAGAGGCACAGGUUCUAAAAGGACAAAACAGAUCAUUUCCUGUUGCAAGGUGCAUGCGGGAAAUAUAGUAGCUGGCGUAUCAAUUAAAAGCUGCUUGAGAAAGAAUGUAAAUAAGAGGUUUGCAUUGCAUUGCUUUACUAAUGUCAUCAUUCUUGUAACUUACCUCUUUCUCAUUCGUUUGCUCCAACUCAUACUUUGCAAUGAGUGCCUUUGGUACAGAACUGGUGAAUUUCACUGCAAAAUAAGACAUGCACUUAUAGAUGAUUAUAAAGAAAGAUAGUAGGUUCCAUAAAUGGAGUUGUGCUAUAAGGUUCUGCCCAUUGUUUGCUGCAAUCAGGAAUGUGAAGUAGAUUUGCUUUGUCACUGUCUUUUCUGGCAGCUCUGAUUUUGAUUUUUUAUUUAUUUAUCAGAGUGGCUUUUCUCAGAGUGUUGGUUUGCCACAUUUCCCUCACUGUUGUAGAUAUCUGUCUAUUUUUGUAUUUGAAACAUGAAUGCUGGAUUUGUGCAUCUUGUUAUACGGGAAGUUUUGAAUUCACCCAUUCCAUGUUUUUUUCUUAA